AGCGCCUGCUGGCACGGUGCAGAGGGAGGAGCGCUCCAGCUGGAAGAGUUGGGAAGCUCUGCUGACUGCCUGCAGCACUGCACAGUCUGGAAGGAGGAGUGGGAAUCUCCUGGUCACUAGUUUGGACUCGGAAGCCUGAAGCAGAUGAGGAGAGCGGUUGGUAAGCGCAGAAGCACCAAUGGAGAUGUCUCCAGCUCAUCCCAGGACCCUCAGCCCUCCAAGGUGGAUCAUGGCUCUGUUCCCCAGCCCAGCAGUGGUGCUCAGCAUGCUUCAGGUAAGCUUUAUGAAGAAGAAGAGGACGAUGCCCUGCCAGACUCAGAUGCCCUGCCAGACUCGGAUGACGAGGUGGAACUGGAUAAGCCGCGCCCCAUACAGAUUGUCCUUGCUCAUGAAGAUGACCAUAACUUUGAAUUAGAUGAAUCAGCAUUGGAAAAAAUCUUGCUUCAGGAACAUAUUAAAGAUCUUAACAUAGUAGUUGUGUCUGUAGCAGGAGCUUUCCGCAAAGGAAAAUCUUUUUUGCUGGACUUCAUGCUUAGAUACAUGUAUAACAGGACUUCUCCUUGCUGGAUAGGUGGAAACACCGAGCCAUUGACCGGGUUUACAUGGAGAGGUGGAUGUGAACGGGAAACCACUGGCAUUCAGAUUUGGAGUGAAGUGUUUGUAAUUGAAAAACCUAAUGGAACAAAGGUUGCUGUACUACUCAUGGAUACCCAAGGUGCCUUUGAUAGCCAAUCCACUAUCAAAGACUGUGCAACAGUUUUUGCCCUGAGCACCAUGACGAGCUCUGUCCAGGUAUACAACUUGUCUCAGAAUAUUCAGGAAGAUGACCUUCAACACUUGCAGUUGUUUACAGAAUAUGGAAGACUAGCUAUGGAAGAAAUCUACCAAAAGCCGUUUCAGACAUUAAUGUUCUUAAUUAGAGACUGGAGUUAUCCUUAUGAACAUGCAUAUGGCUUGGAAGGAGGAAAAAAGUUCCUAGAGAAAAGAUUGCAGGUAAAGCAAAACCAACAUGAAGAGCUACAGAAUGUAAGGAAGCAUAUUCACUCCUGUUUCAGUAAUCUUGGGUGUUUCCUGUUGCCCCACCCUGGUCUUAAAGUUGCAACAAAUCCAAAUUUUGAUGGGAGAUUGAAUGAUAUAGAUGAGGAUUUUAAGAAUGAACUGCGGAAUUUGAUACCAUUACUGCUUGCCCCUGAAAACUUGGUAGAAAAAGAGAUUAGUGGAUCCAAGGUGACCUGUAGAGAUCUUGUAGAAUACUUCAAGGCUUACAUUAAAAUCUAUCAAGGAGAGGAGCUACCUCAUCCGAAAUCUAUGCUGCAGGCAACAGCUGAGGCGAACAAUCUUGCUGCUGUGGCAGGAGCAAAAGACUUAUAUAGCAAAGGCAUGGAGCAGGUGUGUGGGGGAGAUAAGCCUUACAUUGCCCCGUCGGACCUCGAGCAGAAGCACCAGGAUUUCCGAGAGAGCGCCAUCCGGCAGUUCCGCUCCGUCAAGAAGAUGGGAGGGGAGGAGUUCUGCCGGCGCUACCAGGAGCAACUGGAAGUGGAAAUCGAAGAGAUCUAUGCAAACUUUGUGAAGCACAACGAUGGCAAAAACAUCUUUUAUGCUGCUCGUACCCCUGCCACUCUAUUUGCAGUCAUGUUUGCCAUGUACAUAAUCUCAGGACUGACUGGGUUCCUUGGCAUGAACUCCAUAGCUGCCCUGUGUAAUCUCGUGCUGGGGAUGGCUCUUAUAUCUUUUUGUACUUGGGCAUACGUUAAGUACUCUGGGGAAUUCAGAGAAGUUGGAACAGCCAUUGAUCAGAUCGCUGAAGCUAUAUGGGAACAGGUGUUUUCCAAACUCUUUGAAGUCCUUAGACGCCGAACGGUUCGUCGUGCUCUUACAUCAGUGCCGCGACAGCGACUCUCAUCCAACAAUAACAAGAAGAAAAACUAGCCAGUAUUUUUAACUUUCUUUCUGUAUCUGAAGUGUUCACACUUACACAUAUAGGACAAUAAGCUGGACCGUCUGGGCCGGUCUGCAUAAAUGCUGUAACCAUACCAGACUGAUGCUGCAUAUGGGGUAUGGAAUUGCACAUCCAUCUUCUAGGAACUGUAAAGUGGUUUGAAUUCAGUGAAAUACUGCUGUGUAGGAGGGGUAUCACUUGUGUCCAUAGCAUGUGACUGCUUUAACCUCAUUACUCUAGCAGCAAAAUUCAUUUCUCUUUCAGUUCAUGCCUCUUUGUGUCAGACUUCAUCAUUCUAAGUUUUUUCAUGAUUUCAAGUCUCAUCUCUUUAUAUGAUUUUAUAUCUUAUUUUCCUUGGUUCCCUCAUUUUCUUGUUUCUUUUGCACAUUUCUCAUUCCACAGGUGUUGAAGCCCAUGAGUGAUAAUUUGAUGGAGGAUCAUAUGAGGCAGUCUGUAAAAAACUCUAUCAAAGCAGGCCUGACCGAGCAGGUGGCUCACCAUGCCAGACUAAAGACAGACUGACAGUUCGUCUCCUCUUCAACUCUGCCCUUUUCAUCCUAGACAUGCUUGCUGUACCAUGAGAACUCGAUAAUAAUAAAAAAUAAAUAAAAAUAAACCAAAGUUUACAAUCAACUGUAGAAGUAGUUUAGUGUGAUCGGCUUCACAGAUUGCUGCCAUCACCGGGGAAGAGUUACAUUUGUCAGUGCUCAGCUUCUCAGACAAACUGGUGCCAUGGAGCCCGCUGGGGUGGGAGGGAGUGGCUCAGUUUUACCUAGUCCUGGUGCCCCGUGUUUGGGGGAGGGAGGGGGAGCUUCCCCAGCGUUGUGAGUCCGUGCAGGCUCUGGCUUACGGCGGGAACCUGUCCCCUGCAGCAGCUGACUUCAGGGAAGUGUCAUGGUCAGCCCCUCUCCAGCUGUGCUCUCCCCCGCUGUCCCCAGCUCGGCACCGCCCUCGCCUGCUGCCGCGAGUGUUUUGUGCGCGGCCGGUGGAGCCGUCGGAGCAGCCACUCCAUUGCAACGCGUCUCUUGCUUUCUUGCCUUUUACCAGUGUUACACAGAUGCAUGUGCUGGUUCCCCACGCAGAACUGGGGUGUCAGGGAGGCAGUGGCUCAGCACGGAGGGUGUCUUGCCUUGAACUCGCAGACCUGGUCCCGAGGGAGGUGCAUAUCGGAACUGAGCUGUCUUUUUCUGCAGUUUAGCCUUCAUGUAUAUAAUAUUGCCAUUAAUUCUACUGGGGAAGAAAUUCCAUCCAAAAAUGUUGCCUACAGCUACCAAGCAAUGAGUUAGGAUUGUCUGUACAGUGUGUUUAGUUUUUAUUUUUUAAGAAAUCACAGAUAGGGCAUGUAUAUGAAAUAUAAAUAUAUAAAUACGAUUUUGUAUCAAAGUUUUGUAGUUUAUGGCAAAACCUGGUUCUGUGGUAGCUAAGUGCAGUUCCUGUAAAGGAAUGUUUGUGGCUCAUGUAAAUGUGUGAAUGCAUCAACAAUUUGAAGUUUUUUGAUAUAUUUGUGAUAUUUACCUGCCUUGAGCACUGCAAUCUCUCACCCCCUUGGAAAAAUCAAUGGGAAUGUUUGUUGUGAAACUCUUGUCUUCUGUUGCAUUUUAAAGUUAUUUCCUGUAAUUUAUUUUCAGUACAUGAUUAAAAUCAGUUGUGUAUAUAUGAAA